GUGGCGGAGUAAAACCUCAAGCUUUGCCUCUUGCUCUCUGACCUUACAUUCGUUUAUCAGUGGAAACGGAAGUUAGGUUGAAAAUACUGUAUCCGUGAAAACCGGAAACAUCCGCUUUCUCCCAACCCCGCUGGAGACGUAUGACUGGAAAACCUAACUAGCUGUAAAACCAUAGUUUAUAAACCUUUUUAUUUCUACACUAUAAUACUACACUCUGGUUUUCAAGUCAAAGAGCUCAGUGGUAGGACGAUCAAAUAUCUGAACCCUCAAAAUCCAGAAUGAGACGACACACAACAUAUAAUGACGAAGACAUGCGCGAUGCUACCAGGAGGAAGGGAGAGAAGGUCCCUGAGGAUAAACAACACGAAUCCACCAUUUACUCAUUCAGGUCACAGGAGCAGGACACAGCAGCCACAGGCUUCCAGCGCUUCCUCAAUGUCCUCAACAAAGGGGUGGACAUCAACAAGCUCUCAAAGAUUGUCAACAAUGUGAAUGAGUUGCCCCCUAUACAGGAGGCCCAUCCCAAGACUGCCUACAGGAGUGAGUAUAAGGAGGCCCCAGCUCAGAACUCUCAGGAUUGCUUGGGGCCCCACAGUAGAGCUCUGCCACAAGACCAGAGUCACUCACACAUUCGUGAAGAAAGGAGGCUGGAUCUCCCACAUGGCCAGCUCCAGAGCCUGCUGGAGUCCAUCGGGCUAGAUCUGGGGGUGGAGGAGUUGGGCCGACUGACAGACCGGACCAAGGAGAGGCUGUACGGGAUGAAGAGAGACCAGGAGAGGAGCCCGUUGAAGUCAGACAGGCACUCUAGUACUAGAGACUGGGACAGAGAACGAGACGAGGACACAGAGAGGGACGGAUCUAAGAGAAAUGGAGAAAGAGAACGGGACAGAGACUGGGCCAGUUCUGAGAGAGACAGAGAGAGAGACGGGGAAAAAUCUGAGAGAGACCGGGACAGACACUCUAAUACCAGGGACAAGCGCUCUGGUCCCAGGGACAGGCACUCUAGUACCAGGGACAGGCGCUCUGGUCCCAGGGACAAGCACUCUAGUACCAGGGACAGACGCUCUGGUUCCAGGGACAGCAACAGGGACAGGCGCUCUAGUACCAGGGACAGCCAGAGAGAUAGGCACUCUGAUACCAGGGACAGUGAGAGAGACAGGCACUCUGAUACCAGGGACAGUGAGAGAGACAGGCACUCUGGUUCCAGGGACAGGCACUCGGGUACCAGGGACAGCAACAGGGACAGGCGCUCUAGUACUAGGGACAGCGAGAUAGAUAGGCACUCUGAUACCAGGGACAGUGAGAGAGACAGGCACUCUGGUACCAGGGACAGGCGCUCUAGUACCAGGGAGAGAGACGAGGACAGGCGCUCUAGUACCAGGGACAGAGACGAGGACAGGCACUCUGGUACCAGGGACAGGCGCUCUAGUACCAGGGAGAGAGACGAGGACAGGCGCUCUAGUACCAGGGACAGAGACGAGGACAGGCGCUCUAGUACCGGGGACAGGCGCUCUAGUACCAGGGACAGAGACAGGGACAGGCGCUCUAGGAGCAGGGACCGAGACCGGGACAGGCGCUCUAGUAACAGGGACAGAGACCGGGACAGGCGCUCUAGUACCAGGGACAGAGACAGGGACAGGCGCUCUAGGAGCAGGGACCGAGACCGGGACAGGCGCUCUAGUAACAGGGACAGAGACCGGGACAGGCGCUCUAGUAACAGGGACAGAGACAGGGACAGGCGAUGUAGUACCAGGGACUGGGACAGAGAUGGUGACCGGGAAAAAGAAAGUGACAAGGAUUGGUAUAGGGACAAGUCCAAGGAAAGCUCUUCUGAGCUCAACACACACAAGGACCCGAUAUAUCCUUUUUCUCACCCUCCUAAUGCAUCUAUGAUGGCAACCUUCUCCACCACCCAGUUCUCUCUGUAUACCAGCAGCCCCUACGCCAAUGCCUUCCCUCCAGGUUGGGGUUAUGCCCCUGGCACCAUGCCCCCUGUUACCAUGCCCCCUGUUACCAUGCCCCCUGGAACCAUGCCCCCUGUUACCAUGCCCCCUGGAACCAUGCCCCCUGGAACCAUGCCCCCUGGAACCAUGCCCCCUGGAACCAUGCCCCCUGGCACCAUGCCUCCUGGUCUUAUGCCCCCUGGUAGCAUCCCCCUGGUACCAUGCCCCCUGGCCUUAUGCCUCCUGGUACCAUGCCCCCUGGCCUUAUGCCCCCUGGUACCAUGCCCCCAGGCCUUAUGCCCCCAGGCCUUAUGCCCCCUGGUACCAUGCCCCCUGGCCUGAUGCCCCCUGGUCUUAUGCCUCCUGGUACCAGGCCCCCUGGCCUUAUGCCCCCUGGCCUUAUGCCCCCUGGCUUUAUGCCCCCUGGUAUUAGGCCCCCUGGUAUUAUGCCCCCUGGCUUUAUGCCCCCUGGCUUUAU